AUGGCCGCUCGAAUUGUGAACCGAGUAAUACACUCGCCUUUUCCGGACAUCGAAAUUGGAAACAGCUGCGCUCCCGAACUCAUAGAGCAACGCUUGAGAACAUUAUCGAACAAGACAAUCAUUGUUGACAACUAUAAAACCUUGAGUGCGUGUCAGCUGUUGGAAAAAAUACGCAGAUACGCUGUAGGUUUCAAACAACACGGUGUGAAACCAGGGUCCAGGGUGUGUGCUCACAUUGGCAACGGAGUUGAAAAUGUAGCGGCAGCUUUUGGGGUUGUGUUCGCGGGCGGGACCCUCGUCAUGGCAAAGCCAAGCUCUGUGGCAAGGGAGCUGGUCUAUAUAAUUGAAGACUCUCACUGCACUUUCCUACUUGUCGAUCAACAAACGGCACCGAAUGUUGCGAAGUAUAUAAUACCCACGUGCGUUAAGGCGGUGUUCGCCGUCGGAAGCGUGCCCAGUUUCAUUGAUGUUCUCCAGUUUGAAGAACUGUCGGAUGCCUCAUUCAAGCCCCACGUGCCUUCUGACAACGAGGAAGAGGUUGUGGUGGUACUGUACACGUCAGGAUCGACGGGACUUCCAAAGGGCGUGGAACUAUCACACAAGGCGUUCUGUGCCGCGUUUCAUGGAUUCAGGUGUCUCUUUUACUUGUCCAUUGUGCUCGGAUGCAACAUGUCGUGA